UCCAGCCGGGAGCUGCGGUUCUCAGUGCCAGCACGCCUCCUCAUCGCACCAUGGCGGACGCCUUUGUCGGCACCUGGAAGCUAGUGGACAGCAAGAAUUUUGAUGACUACAUGAAGUCACUCGGUGUGGGCUUUGCCACCAGGCAGGUGGCUAGCAUGACCAAGCCUACCACGAUCAUCGAGAAGAACGGGGACACUAUCACCAUAAAGACACACAGUACCUUCAAGAACACAGAGAUCAGCUUUCAGCUGGGAGUAGAAUUCGAUGAGGUGACAGCAGAUGACAGGAAGGUCAAGUCAAUCGUGACGCUGGACGGAGGCAAACUCGUCCAUGUACAGAAGUGGAACGGACAGGAGACUACGCUCGUAAGGGAGCUCAGUGAUGGGAAACUCAUCCUGACUCUCACCCACGGUAGUGUGGUGAGUACUCGGACUUAUGAGAAGGAGGCGUGACCUGGCCGCUGUGUCACCAGAUGCUACUCCACCAACCGGCUACCCCUCAGCUCAGCACCAUGUUGCCUCAUGGUUUUCCCCUCAACAUUUUGUAUAAAUACUCUUUGGUUGGGAUUUUUCUGGAGAUACAGGGCAUCAGCCUGGACCCAGUUCCCGCUGUGUAUGUGAUUUAUUUUUUAAAACUGUAUCCAAAGGGUGCUCCAAGGCCAAUAAAGAAGAACCAAGGCCA